AUGGUCAAAUCCAAGCAAACCUGCAAGAAGUCCACUGGUGGCACCGCGCCACGAAUCGUGUUGCCGUUGCCGUCAACCACCCAAGUGGUUCCUGUGCCGAAGGAGAUCGAGGUUUGUGAGCCGUUCCACCACAAUGAGUUCUGUCUCAUUUGCAGGGACGGUUCUGUUGGAGACAAUCACCUCUUCCUCUGCAACACUUGCCCACGCGUGAUGUGCUCACGCUGCAUGGAUAUUCCCCCUGCCAGUGCACACACGAUCGCCAAAGACAAUGUCACAUUUGUCUGCAUCUCUUGCCAUGUGGCAGGACAAUACCAUGGACGUGCGUCUUACUCGCCCUAUUUU